AUGCCCUCCUUUUACGACGUCAUUCGUAUGUGCAACAAGUUCGACAGGGACGUCGGCAGUCUGUGGGAAUUCCGCUUGCUCGACAGCCAAGGGCCCGUGGGCUACAUGCUUCCCGAGUUUGUUGCCGAGAUGCGCUGGGAUGGAACCGACUUUCGCAUUUCCAAAGCCGAGCGCAAAAUCCACCUAGCUCCGCGAAUCGGCCUCGGUGACGACGUCGUCGACAUCUGCCGACUAGAGUUCGUCAAACUAUGCGAGAAGAACCUGGGUGUGCUCGGAGGUGUGCGAAAAUGGCUGGAGAAGAGGUGCGACUACCACCCUCUCCGUGGACUCGAGGACCACCUCGUCGGUAUCAAGAUGCCCGCUCCUCUGCGCGGCGUCUUUGGUAUCGUGACGACGGGGACACACCUGAACGUGUACACGGUGAAGCGGGUUGAUGGACGACCAAAGAUGCACAUUUGGGUUUCAAGACGGUCACAGAACGUGACAUAUGCCGGAAAGCUUGACCAGAUCGUUGCCGGCGCAAUGGAUCCCAGGGACAGCAUGGACCCACUGAAGACGUUGCAGCGAGAAGCCAUGGAGGAGGCACAACUGACGGUCGAUAUGAGCUCUCGGAUGGUGACAGCCCAGGGCACCUUCGUCGGCACGGUGGUGGAAGGGCCUCGGAUUUCCUUCUACGACAAGAAGGAUUCAGUGGCCGGUUCGGAGCAGGGCCAGCUGGAGCCUGGCGUUCGCUUCACAUUUGAUCUCGAAGUGGACCCAAGCUUCGUCCCGCGGCCGAGCGAGCCCGACGCCAUUGCUGGGUUCUUUCUCAAGCCCGUCGACGACGUCAAGCGGGAUCUGAGGCGAGCCGAAUGGAAGCCAAACUGCGGCCUUGUCAUGUUGGACUUUUUGCUACGCAAGGGUCUGAUACGGCCUGAGGACGACGAACGAUUUAGCCUGCUGAGGCAGGGGCUGCAGAGAGAGCUGCCUUUCCGGAACGUCUGA